GAUGAUGACGAGUGCUUAAAGACCCCACCCGUCUGUGACGACAACGCAAUCUGCAACAACACUCUUGGCUCCUAUCGUUGUUCUUGCAAAGCGGGGUUUAGAGGUGACGGCAAAACAUGUCAAGGUGAAUUUUUUAAAUUGUCCAACAACUCAACAGUGCAAGAUAAGCGAGCGUUAUAACUUUUCGAAAGUUUCUAAACUGCCCGCUACCGGUGAUCAGUGGCUUCAAAACGCAUUUCCCUCAGUCUGGUACGUAUACAUCAAGCCGAAAAAACAGGAGUUUUUUUUAGCCAACAACUCACUCCAUCGCAAGGGUGCCCUUAACCUAUAUACAUGUAUAUCAUGGACAGGUUUCAGACAAAUACUUAGUUACACCACACAAUACGCAAAAAAGGAGAAGAAGAAAACUGAAGAACAAAGCUAAAGUAGGGACCUUCACGACGAUAUUCGCGGUGGGUUACCCAUCCAUUUCCUAACUCUGCCCGACGGGGCUUAAUUUGAGGGGUGCUACUGAAAAAAAAAAACAACAACAAAACAAAACAAACACAAACAAACAAACAAGAGAGAGAGAGAGAUUCGUGAGGGUUAUAACGCGAUGCGCGUUUUUUGUUAUACGCUAAUUUAUUCUCACGCACUUUUAUACAAUGUAGCUUAAUGCAAACACUUACUUUGGUUCAAAUUUCAGUUUUUAUCGAUCGCCUUCGCGUCGUGUUGUUUCACAUGCAUAGUUUUUCACGAUGAAUAUCAAAUACCAACAACAGAAAUAAACUGCAACUGAUUCAAAGUAAUUGAAAUGCCAUGCUUUACUCGCAGCACUUCACUUUCCAGUAGAAACUGCUAGGAGUAGCGGUGCUACUAAGCGUAGUCCUGAACAAACACAAGCCAAGUACAACAUGGUCAUAUGUUAAUUUAUGUUUACGUUCACUUGCUGCCCUUAGAAAAGGAGAUUUUUCUUUCUCUAUCUCUCUCUCUUUUUUUUUUUGGUUUCCUUUCAGAUAUAAACGAGUGUACCACCAAUGCCCGUAACUGUGAUGCCAAUGCUUUCUGCAAUAACACUGAGGGAUCGUAUAACUGCACAUGUAGCCCUGGAUACACUGGAAAUGGAACAUUGUGCGCCGGUAAAUCAUCAUGUCCAAUGCAAUAAAAACCGUAAUUAUAACGAGGUUUGAGACAGUAGUACCUUUGUAUCUCUAGUAUCUCUAUCCACAUUACCUUAUUCAUAGAGGCCGGUCAGCAAAAAUUAGACAGACGAGAAUAUAGUUCUAAACCACUUAAACAUAGCAUUGUUAAAUGUAUUUUAGUAUUUAAACGGUAGAUAUAGGCAUAUUUUUAUCCCCUAAACAUUUUUCAUCUGUUUGGAGUUCCUAGCUCAAAGUCUAGUGAUCCGAAAAUUAUAGGGAUCAAAACUUACCUUCACGAAAAUUUCAGCCAGAAAAAAGGCUCCCGAAAAUUCUAGGUGACCUUUUUAGGCAAAAAGAAUCCGUUAAAAAAAUGGGCAAUUAGACUACUUUUUAGAUGUUCGAAAAUCCCAGGAGAGGCACACAAGCAAGAAAUUUUACAACAAAUGAUCCGAAAAUUCUAAAUCUCAAAUCUUCUUCCGAACAGAUAUUUUCUGAAAAUUGACGUUUGGUGCCCCUGAGUAGAGCAUUUUUUCUCUUCAGAUAUCAACGAGUGCAAUUCUAACGUCCAUAACUGUGAUGUCAAUGCUUUCUGUAAUAACACUGAGGGAUCUUAUAACUGCACAUGCAGCCCUGGAUUCAAUGGAAAUGGAACAUUAUGCACUGGUAAAUCCUUCCCAAUUAAUGCCGAGGAAGCUCUCUGGUCCCCCAGAGAGUUUCCUCGAUCGUAAGUUACUAGGUGAUGUUGAUAUAUGGGCGUAAGGACGUGAAGAUCAAGAUCAAGAAGAUGAUCUUGAGUUGUGCCCAUAAACUAUUUUCGUUAUUUUUAGACGGUCUUAACUGCUAAGCUUACAUAGAAACAUUCACAAUGCCAUCGACAACAGAAAAGAAGGAAAAAAAUACAACGAUAGUCGAGACAUUAGAGUUACGUUCAUAAAUCGCAAACUUAUAUUAUGAUGGUGAAACGCAUAUGCGGCACACCCCUUCUAUGAGCUUAUUACAAAUGGCAAAAAUUUCUUUCAUUUCUUAAAAUGUGUGGUUAGUUUGUUCCGCCUAUUCGCUAUUGUCUUUCCUAAGUGAUAAAUUGCUUUGAUCUUGGCUUUAAAGACUUGUAUAAAAGGAUAUGUAUAUUAUUCAAUUUACACUUAUACAUAAACAACUUAACUGCCAGAAUCAGAUGACUGAGAAUGAAAAAAUCAUCUCCAAUUCUAUAAACUCCAAACGUGCAAAUUCGCCACACUUCCAUGACACUUCUUGUAAUUUUAGUAGAUCGGUGUCAAUUAAAUUUUUGCCUACGUUCCUCGUGCUCUCAUCAGUCUGUUUCUCGAUGUUUGGAACCCGUGAUGAAGAACUCCCCCUUUGAUUUUGACCUAUUACGUGAAACAUUCUUAAUUUGGAAUCAUACAGAUAUGGACGAGUGCAGCGGUGGAAAUCACACUUGUGACAGAGAUAGAGCUACCUGCACAAACACUAUUGGAUCAUACAAAUGUGCGUGCAAAGAUGGUUAUGAUAGAGAUGGAGAAACAUGCAUUGCGCCAGGUAAGCAGAGAUUAUUGUCUCGCAGCCGAAAAAAACUCGAUCGAUACCAAAAAAUUACACUUCUAUUUCCAUGGAUACAUUUGCGCCGAAAUGGGCUUGCGCGCGGCACAAAUUAGCACGUUUUCCCUCUAGAGACUUUCGUAUCACCCCCUGGGUAUUAAGCUUUGUAUCUAUAUGCCAUGCCAUCAUCAGAUCGCUCUCGUAUGUGUUCAUUCCUCAAGAUGUCUAUUCAGACUUGAGUUUUUUGCCCUUCCCUCCUCCCCUCAGAGGACAAAAUUCUGCGUCUGCUGCACUUCUUCUCAGACGCGGAAAUUACUUUCGCCCAUAUCUUAGUAUUCCCCACGUGUGCCAUAGAGUGCAGUAUAACUUUUGAAAAUUGUUUUACUUUUCAACGUAUAAGCAAGGCUUACACCAUGGGUGCGUGGUAACCCAGCUGUAAGACGCCAUACUGGAUUUGCUUACUUUAAGUUACCCUCUGCGUAAAGUUUAAAUUUAACCCGGUUCAUCAGUUAAUUUGGUGUGAGGCUUAUUGGUGAUAAAGUAAAACGUGAGAAAUAAAGUAUAUACUAAAAGUAAAACAAAAGAAAACCAAAUUGAAAACUGUCAUGAAUCAUGUUUUUUAAAGUUUCUUUAAUUAUUUUUGCCUAGAAUGUAAAAACUACACAACGUUGGAUCAAGGUAGUAGGAAAGCGACGUCUUCUGCAGGUACGUUUUGUGAUAGCAUCCUAUCUGGGUGGCAUCGUUUUAGUGGAUCAGCGGGGAAGAAAAUGGUAACGUGUUGUGUUGAAGAAAAUAAAUGCAGCAAACACCCUGGUUGGUUAAACGGCACACAUCCCACUGUGGCACAAGGUAAAGUCACCAGGCGGGCCUGUUUUCGCAAAACCUCAAACUGCUGUCAAUGGUCCAUGAAUAUUAAAGUUCGAAAUUGUGGGGACUACUUUGUUUAUUUGCUCAAUGGAACACCGCAAUCUAGAUGCAUACUACAAUACUGUACCAGGUGA